AGCGGUACAAUGGAGAAAGUAUUGGCCAUGUUUGUGUUGGGUGUUGGUAGUUUUAUUUCUGGCAUGUUACCAGCAUUUAUAUCUGAACGAAGUAGUCGGAGAUUCCCACUGAUUACGUCGUUGAUGUUAUGUUUUGGCGCUGGUGUUCUUUUGGCCACUUCAAUAAUACAUAUUUUACCGGAAGUACGAAAACAGAUCAAUUCAAACUGGGCGGAAAUUUCAAUAUGCGGAGGUUUUUUCUUUAUUUAUUUUAUCGACGAAUUCAUCCAUUAUUUCUUUGGCGAAGCUAUUCAGCAUUCCCAUUCGCAUAAUGGUGCUGCGACAAACAAUGGAUCGGCGCCCAGUACAAGCCAGUAUGGAAGUCUUCGGACAAAUGAUGAGUCAGAACCAUUGUUAACUGAAACGUAAAUACGGAUUUCUAUUGUGUUAAGCUGUAUCUGAACUAUUUCUGUUUUUAGGACUCGUCAUCAUGCCCCCCACUCACAUGCUGGUCAUGCACACUGUAAUGAUGAGGAAAUUGAAGAUGCAAACGCUAGAAUUUGUCACACUAGUCAUACAGAACCCUGUUCUCAAUCAAUGACAGGAACGAUGGGCUUAUUUGUAGCCUUGUCUGUGCAUUCUGCGUUGGAAGGCAUGGGAAUAGGUGUACAAGAUUCACCCACAAAGGUGCUAUUUUUAUUGGGAGCUGUUGCUUGCCACAAAUUUGUUAUGGGAUUCUGCCUCGGUCUGGAAUUUCGUACCAAUCCUUCUGCAAGUACAAAAUCGCAAAUCAUUGGCAUUUUGGUUUUUGCUUUGGGUGCAGUCGGUGGCAUUGGAUUGGGAAUGUUGCUGGUAAAUAUGUCCACGUCAUUACUUCCAGUAUCCGCUUUGGCUGUAAUCCAAGGUUUGGCGGGAGGCACAUUGUUAUACGUCACUGUCUGUGAAGUUAUUCCUCGAGAGAAGGCAAGAUGGCAUCAAAAUCCCACACGUAAAGUGGCUGGGUUUGCUCAAUUUCUAACGGUAGCAAUGGGAUUUGCGACAAUGGCCGUAAUAAAUUAUUACCUGGAUGGUGAGUAUGAUGAAUAA